AUGGUCUCUAAUUUCAUCGUCUACUUUUCCAUUUUCGCCCACCCGACAAUCUUUCUCGGGCUUUCUUUUGAUGAUCUUCACUUUAGACCAAACAGUUUCGUGGUCUGCGGGUGGAGAGGGACCAAAGUGCAAUUUCUGGAGAUUCGGGGGGUUGAACUGCGAAACAAGCUGCUCCUUGAGAGAAUGCAGCUCAGAUUCACGGUCCAUCAGCAGGGCCUCGAGCCUGAGGUUCUCCUGCCUGAGGGUCUCGAUGUGGGCCCGCAGCCUCUUGGACUCGAUCUCUGUGCUCAGCAAGCGCCAUCUGAAAUUGCUCGGCAAAUGCAUCUAUUUCGAGAUUGUUGUUAUGAUUCUGCUUUAUCGCGAAUUCGUAUGAUUCGGCUUCGGAGUUCAUCAUCAGCUGCACCAGUCGAACACAAGUUAGUCCCGAGCGAAAGAACAUCGGACUUUGAGUUCACUCCUUUCCCACCCGAAAACACGUCAGACUUCACAUUAUUCCCACGUUUAUACAAAAUGUUUCUCAACGAAUGUCUCUCGGGCUUUGCCUCCAUAACCGCCUUCCACCUGGCAGUUUCCAUCUCAGCCUGCUUUCUCAUAACCUUCGACGACUUAACUUCAUUUAAAAGCAUCUCCUUUUCAUCUGCCUCCAGUUUCGAUUUCCUCAGCAAGGCAGACAAAAUCUGA